UUUUUCCCUCGCUUGGGGAAUAACCUCUAAGUAAUGUCAAAAUUCAAAUGUUCCAAAACAGAAAAUUUUAUAUUUAUUUUGGUUUUAAUACAAAUUAACUGAAAUUUUGGGCCCAUUUAUAUCUUUGAAAACUCAACUCUAACAAUGCAUUACUUCUUAUCAGAAAAUUAUGGAAUAUUAUGAAAUGAAUAAUGUUUAUUAAAAUGGCACAUGCUCACAGAGUGAUAGUUUUGAUUGAUAUGGAUUGUUUUUAUUGCCAAGUGGAAGAAAAAUUGAACUCCAGUUUGAAAGGGAAACCUAUCGCUGUUGUUCAGUAUAAUGCUUGGAGAGGGGGAGGGAUAAUCGCAGUCAACUAUCCGGCCAGAGGAAUGGGUGUCACAAGGCAUAUGAGGGGUAAUGAGGCAAAAGAGAAGUGUCCAGAGAUCGUUUUAGCAAGAGUUCCACAAGUUCGUGGCAAAGCUGAUUUGACAAAGUACAGAGAGGCAGGAAAGAGAGUUGCAGAAGUAUUACAAACUUUCACAUUACGUCUUGAAAGAGCAUCCAUAGAUGAAGCCUAUCUGGAUAUUACAGAACUUGUUGAUAGAAGAAAGAAUGAUGCCGAAUCUAGUGGAUAUUUGUCUAUUGAUAGAAUGAAAAAUACCUUUGUAGUUGGUUAUGACACCCAGAACUUUUUAGAAAAUAUGGAAUUAUCUGAAAGCAAUUUCAGAUUAGCUCUUGGGGGAGUUAUUGUAGAAGAAAUAAGAGAAAAAGUGUUCAUCGAAACAGGUUAUGAAUGUUCAGCGGGAAUAGCACACAAUAAAAUUUUGGCCAAACUUGUAUGCGGAUUACACAAACCAAAUAAACAAACUAUAUUGCCCCAAGAAUCGGUAGAAUUAUUGUAUAAAGAUUUAUCAGUUAAAAAAAUUAAAAGUUUAGGAGGUAAAUUUGGAGACCUUUUGUCUGAGGAACUUCAAAUAUCUAACAUGGGAGAACUUAUACGAUUCAGCGAAAAAGAAUUGAUUAAAAGAUUUGAUGAAAAGAAUGGUAAAUGGUUAUUCAAUAUUGCCAGAGGAAUUGACUUGGAUCCAGUAACGACGAGACUUGUUUCGAAAUCCAUUGGUUGCUGUAAAAGAUUUCCUGGAGUAAAUUGUUUGACCACUCAAGAUGAUGUAGAACAUUGGUUGAAUGAAUUGGCUUCAGAAAUUUCCGAGAGGCUGGAGAAGGACUUGGAAGAGAAUAAUAGACGGGCAAAGCAGAUGGUCAUUAGUUUUGCACAGAAAAUUAAUAAAAAGGAGAUAAGUAGUUCCCGCACGCACUACCUCAGUUGUUACGAUCAAAGAAAAAUUGUCCAAGACAGUAUAGAAGUUGUGAGAAAGUUCUGUCAAAAUAUUGACGGGUCAUACAAAAUAACAUUCCUUGGAAUAAGCGUCGGAAACUUUCAAGACACUAAAAGUAAUAUGAAUAUAACAUCAUUUUUCAAAAAAGUUAGUCCAUCUCAGAUAUCUUCCACAGAUGAAACCUUUCAUGGGAAAAUAAAAAAUGGGAUAUCUCUUGAAAAUUCAGCAUCUUAUUCUGAUGCAAAAUUUCCUUUUUCAUCUCAUCAAGAUGAAAGCGAAAUUGAGAAUGAAGUCAAUCCAAUAGAUAAAGAGUGUGAUCCGGAAAAUCUGUCAGUAUAUUCUGCUUCAACUGAUGAUCUUGAUGAAGAGCCUACAAAUUAUAUUUGCUAUGAAGAUAUUUAUCCUGAGUCAGUUUCUAAAAGUCCUCUUAGUAAUUCAUUCGAGGUAACUUCCAAUGUUCACAACGAAUCAGUUUUCAGAGAAAUUAAUUUCCUUGAGAAUAGUGAAGAGGAAGAUAAAAGCAAAAUAUCUACCCAGUCUUUUUUUAAUGAGUACUUUGAAAAAUCUCUUGAAAGUGGCGUAUCGAUGAUUGAACCUAAGUAUAGUGAAGAUGAAAAUCGUGUAAAUGUCUCAAUGCCUGAAGAAACUUCUGACGAAAUUUUUCAGAAUGUGCAAAGUUAUACAAAUUGUGAUGAACGUGUCUGCCCUAAAUGUAGUAAACAAAUUGAAAUCACUGAGAUGCAAUCACAUAUGGACUUUCACUUUGCUCUAGAAAUAGUAAAACAAGAGGCACAUUUGUAUGCACCUCAAAAACGCCUCCAUAUAGAAAAAGGAGUUGAUAUACAUAAAAACAAAGGUAAAAGAAAAAUAUCACCUGAAGUGAAAUCUUCACUAAAAGGUGCGUCAUCUAAGACUAGCUUGAAAAGAAAAGUCAGUAAUGCCAAACCGAUAUCAUCAUUUUUCGCAAAGUCUGAGAAACUGAACGAAGAAAAUAGCAAAUAUUGUUCUGAUUGCGACAAAAGGAUUCCACUGCCUGACUUCUCAAUUCACACAGAUUAUCAUGUGGCAAAAAGAAUUCAUGUUGAAAUGAAUGUGUCUCUGCCACAAUUAAAGAAUGGAAAUUAGUCAAAAAAUGUACUGUCAAGAAUAGAAAGAAUUUUAUAGUUUUGAAAUUUUAGCACUUUUUAGCUUUCAUUCGGUCAUGUAUAUAUUUUUAUAAUAAAUGUUUGCUGCACAAAGUACUUUCUGA